CAUUCCCUCUCAACCAUUUCUCUCAAUAUUACUUUUCCCAUCGAUCUCGUUCCCUCUGUCUGUAUCGCUUCGGUCACCAGAUUCCCUCUGUCUGUAUCGCCUUUGGUCAUCAGAUUCUGUGAUCGAUUCAAGGCUUUAAGGAGAAGCAACUCGUCCGUUUGUCUCGAUCUGUUUUGGAUUCUUAACUAUUAGGACACAUGGCUGUGGAACAAGGUUUCUUUCAACCAGAAGCUCAAUUUGAAUCCGAUGGAGAUGUUUCACCCAAGCAGAAGUGGGAUGCCAUGAACAGCUUGAAGGAAGUCUCACAUAACAUAGGUGGCUGCUUUGAUUGCAACAUCUGCCUAGAAACAGCACGCAACCCUAUUGUCACACUCUGUGGCCAUUUAUACUGCUGGCCUUGCAUUAAUCAAUGGCUCCAUGUCCAAAGUCCCUCUCCUGAGGCUGACCAUCACCGGGAACAGAAUUGCCCCAUCUGCAAGUCUAAUAUCUCUCUCAAUACGUUGGUGCCUCUCUAUGGCCAUGAUGCAUCCCCUUCCGAGUCUGAAACCAAGAAGCCUGAAUUGGGUCUCGAUGUACCCCGCCCGCCUCCUCCUGCCUUGAUUACUUCAGCUUCACCUGCUGCUUCCCUCGGCAGAAGUCAACAAUUUAGCCCACAAUUUUUCCAGACACAAUCAUUUUACAACCAUCAAUACUUUCCUAACCCUUAUGGAGGUAUAACGACGACAAGUCUACUGAAUCCGACCAUUGUGAUGUUGGGAGAGCUGGUGUUUGAAAGGGUCUUUGGGAUGUCAAAUAUGAGGUUGUUUCCGUAUCCGAAUUCUUACACAAGCCCUAGAAUGAGAAGGCAGGAAAUGCAGCUUGACAAGUCUCUCAGCAGAGUAUCAAUCUUCUUCUUUUGUUGCCUUAUCAUAUGCCUUCUUUUGUUUUGAGCACAUGAUAUCUUAUAGGUAUAGAAAUUUAUAGUUGUAAAGAAAAAGAAUCCACAAGUCAAGUCAUGAACAAAGAUAGAAGACAUACAUUUUGUUAGAAAUUUUUGUGAAUGAUCAUUGUUGGGGAUCUCUCUCUGGUAUUUCAUGAUGUAAAUGAAUAUUUUUUGGCAAGGAUUCUUAUUAGUAUAUUUCACCUGACUGAGCAUUA